AUGGGUUCUUUCAAAAUAAUCUCCAUAUUCGUUCUGGUCGUCAUAUUUUUCCCAUCUUUUCACCCCAAAUGUGGAGCUUCAGCUUCUGCUGAAGAGGCUGCUGCUCUUUUGAAAUGGAAAGCCAGUUUUCAGAACCAGAACAACAGCUUCCUAACCUCAUGGAACCUUCAAUCAGGCAAUGCCAAGAAUUCUUCUAUACUUCCUUGCACUUGGGCUGGUAUUUCCUGCAUUGAUGGAAGUGUCAACAGGUUGAACCUUUCAGAUUGGAGCAUUGAAGGAGAGAUACCAUCUGAGUUUCAAAAUUUGCAGAGUUUGGGGACAUUGGAUCUCUCCCAGAAUAACCUCUCUGGUUUGAUCCCAAAGGCUUUGGCAGAAUUGCCAGGUUUAUUGCACAUCAAUCUUUCUUUUAAUAAUUUGGAGGGCCCAAUUCCGAGUGGUAGAGCAUUUGUGAAUCUAACGUUAGAAGAAGUAAAGGGAAAUAAAGGUUUGUGUGGCAAUAUUACAGGGUUACGAGCCUGUGAAAGUUCUCGGUUGAUUAAAAAGCAUGUCAAGGAUAAAAGCAAGGAACUUGUUCUCAUAAUUGUAUUGCCUCUUCUGGGAUCAUUCACACUUCUUGGUGCAUUGUUCGGUGUUCUCAAAUUGCAUGAUCGGAGAAAACGAAAUUCAAGAGAGGUAGAUACGGAGGUGAAUAAGGGCGGUUUAUUUGCCAUAUGUGCUUAUGAUGGCAAAGCAUUGUAUAAAGAAAUCGUGAGGUCUACAGAAGAGUUCAGUGAAACAUUUUGCAUUGGGAAAGGAGGUUGUGGAAGUGUUUACAAAGCACAGCUUCCAUCAGGCGAGGUAGUAGCUGUAAAGAGACUUCACAACGUGCCUAAUGUGGCAAAGGAUAGAAGUUUCUUGAAUGAGAUCAGGGCCUUGACAGAAAUCAAGCAUCGGAACAUUGUGAAACUCUUUGGCUUCUGCUCAAAUGCUCAGCAUUCAAUUUUGGUUUAUGAGUACCUCGAAAGGGGGAGCUUGGCCAAAAUCUUGAGCAUAGAAGAAGAAGCUAAGGAACUAGACUUGCAAAAGAGGCUGAAUAUCAUCAAAGGCGUCGCUCAUGCUUUAUCUUACAUGCAUCAUGAUUGUUCACCACCAAUUGUACACCGAGACAUAUCAAGCAACAACAUUUUGCUUGAUCCAGAAUGCGAGGCUCAUGUUUCAGAUUUUGGCACUUCCAAAUUUCUGAAAGUAGACUCCUCUAAUUGGAGUUCUCUUGCAGGCACAUAUGGAUAUGUUGCACCAGAAUUUGCCUGCACAAUGAAAGUUAACGAAAAGUGUGACGUUUAUAGCUUUGGGGUGAUAACAAUGGAAGUAAUAAAAGGAAAGCAUCCUGGUGACUUGAUUGCUCAUCUAAUGUUUUCAAAGCCUGAAGAGAUAGAACUGAGAGACUUGCUAGACCAAAGACUUCUCUAUCCCAAUCAAGAAACUGAAAAGAUUCUGAUAUCCAUUCUCAAACUAGCAAGAGAAUGUAUACGUGUUGAUCCUCAAUGCAGGCCGACAAUGCUCUUUAUUUCCAGGUAUCUUGCCUCCUAUUAAAUUAAAUGCAGACUGCAGUGCCUCAUUUCCCUUCCCCUUACGUAGCGCUAUCAUGCAUCAGCAGAAGAUGAUACGAUGCAGGGUAUGUAUUCUGUGUAAAUAUAAACUCUCCCUAGCCAAUAGAGUUUGUAGAAUUGAUAUCAAAACUAGUAUAGGGGGAAAAUCGGAAGUUUGGAAAUAUGUAUGGUAAAUUUGUCCUGGAAGUAAUAAUUCUAUGGCAUUUAGUUUCAGUCUUAAUAG